AUGAAUUUGGCGCAGUGUGACGAGCGAGCGGUGGUGCGGCAGCGAACGGAAUCCAACAACAACAACAGCGGCAGUGCGUCGACGAGCGGGCGGAACGAAGGCUCGGGCUUGAGAGAUGAGCUGGCAGAGAUUGGGGAGAGCAUCAAAGCGCUCCAGGCACAGUUGAGCGGUCUCACCUCGGGCGCGCCGCCGCACCAGAAUGUGGUGCAGAAACUGUGGUCACUACUCUGGCAGCUGCGGCCGUUUCUCUUUCUGGCCUCGCCGGCGACGGUGCGGCAGUGGCGGAGCGGCAGCGAGGUCUUUCAGCUGCAUCACCGCCGGCACUACGCCAAAGAUGCGGCCCACGUCGCCAUCGCGCUGCGUUUGUACGUGGUGCUUCUCCGUUUCACCGUCAUCUGUCCAUCUGCGAUGCUGCACGGGUGCUUGACGUUGCUGAGCGUUUUUUCCGUUCUCAAUGAUCCGCGUCUGCGAUCGUGGAAAGACAGCAGCGAGAGGCUGCAGGAGGUGUUUCUUUUUGUCCUGCGCGCUUCCCACGCGAGUGACGCGCUGGUGCUCAGGCAGGUGACGCAGAUUAUGGAUCAGCUGCUGUCGGAGGUGACAGAGCACUUCGACGAGGUGGCGCCGGAUGUCGUUGGACAGCAACAAACCACACUGUACUUGGAUCUGAGUAUGCAGCCUUUAUCUGCCUCCCUAAUUGAAUCGGAUCCCAUACCGAUUCACCUCUUUGGUGUCUCCCCAUCCGACGAUCUCGAAGGCAAGACACACGUUCUUCACGAGCUCUUCUCCACCCACGUGUGCGUUGAAACGCAGUACGAGGCGCGCUGCAUUCAGACGGGUUUGCUGCAGCUCUUGGUGCGGCUGGUGGAGCAAAGCGUGGUCGUGUAUGUUCCUCGUGAGCGCGUGAUUCUAUUGUGCGACACGGCGUGCCACCUCGUCUCCGGCGCCGUUCCCGGAGAGGAGGGCGGUGUGGUGAACCGAGUGCAGCACGACGCGGCGUGGCAUGCAAUUCAGUUUUUGAUUGACUCGCACUUUCUUCUCCCUCACGUGCACGGACCCCUCUUGCUCUCUGUGUUGACGGCUCAGUGGCAGUCGCCCUCGUGCACGUCUAUCUUUGAUAUUACGGUCGCGGAGAAGUCCAUCUUUACGUGGCUCAUGUGCUGGAAUGAAGCGGAGCUGCUGGCGGUUGUAAAGGCGAUGGAGCGAAAGGACCGUAGCAGCAGCGGCAGUAGUACUGCUGACGCUACGACACCAGUCACAGCGUGUUUGGCACAGAUGUGGGAGAUCGCAGUUCGGUGGUGCGUGGAACUCUUCAGCGCUCCCUCCCACGAAUCCACCACAGCUUCGACGCAGCGAAUCUGUACGGCCAUGCGGACGCUUGGAGACUGGGUGACGCUGUGCGAACAACUUUUCCGCUGCACCGUUCACUUGAGCAGCGUCAGUGCAUGCAACUCAGAGCGGCGCGUCAGCGUUGCCGUGCAGUCGGAUGAGUAUUUGCAUCGCCUGCAGCUCUUGGCGAAUGAACUGCCGCUGCCUUCUCUGACCGCUGCACUCCUAUGUACGCAGGUACCGCCCUUACUCGCCGACCUCCCAGAUGCGGUGGUGUUCCUGCCGCACCGCAUUUUGUCUUUCUUCGCACUUCCCACCAUGUCCACCUACGUGACGACGGUGGUGGAGAGGUCGAAGAACUGCGUCGACGCGUCGGCCCAUCGCCUACUGGACGCGAAUGCGCGGUCCGUGCUCUGCACAUUGCCGACGAGCUCUGUUGGCUAUCAGCGCUGCGACGCCGAUGCGUUUCGCAUGUCCUUCGAGGAGACGAUGCAGGUGGUGCAGCAUCACGAGAGCCCGUCGUACGCGUUAUUGGUGCAGGCGUUCAUUGUGCUGCUUCACUUUUUUCCACCCGACGGCGCACCGGCGGCGUCGUCGAGGGCGGAUGUUCUCCCGCGUCUGGUGCAGGAGAUGGAGGUGGCACUUGCAGCCCGGCUCUCAAACAAGACGGUGUUGCCCGGCGUGCACGCAGCUUUGUGGAAGGUGCUCUGCCAAAAGGCGGCUGUUGCGCUCUUUAGUCUUGGGUCAGGACUUAGUUGGAGCCGUAAGGCCCUGAGUCCGCCCGAACUCUGCGUGCUGCAGCCACGUGCCAUGAGCAUCAACAGCAGUGGGAUGGAAGCGUUCCUGAGUCGUGUUGCGGGGGUCACGGAGGGCCUGCGCGGCGCGUUUGCCCGCGGGUUAGCCGACACCGCUGAGGUUUCCGCGGGGUCGGGCGAUGUUACCUUCCUUCCGUCUACUCUUUCAGUUUUUGAGAACAAGAACGUCAAACUAGCUCGUCUGCGCUGCGCGUAUGACGGCCUUACAAACCUCCUCGCUGUUGCCGUGCAACUCUUCUCCGUGCUCGAAAACAUUUUGCGGAGCUUUGAGCGCUGCUGCAUCCAAUGGCGUGCAGAGACGGCAGCAAAUGGGCGAAACAAACAGGUGGCGGUCUCGAGCGGAACCCUUGUGCCCGCCACCUCGCUCUUCACUGCCGCGGCUGGCCUUCAGUUGCUGCUCUUGGAGGCAAAGUACACGUUUGCCUGCAUUGCCGGACCGAGUGGCGAAGGCGCAACCUCGCCCAUGAAGGACACACGGACGCCGAAGAGUCGCAGCAAAAGCAACGGAAAGCGAAGGAGCCCGAGGAAAAGAGGCUCUGCAGCGCCGGCGGUGGUGAUCGUGGUGGACGUGGACGACGACGACGAUAACGACGCAGAUGAAGAGGGGAACCAACGGGAUGAAGAAACAGCCGUGAAGGCGAACACUGCUCGGGGAGGUGCGGCGAUGGGGAGCAAGGAAGGGCCAGAAGAAGAAACGCAUGCGCCCCACGUAGCGUCAAAGACGCAUCUGCUCGAACGACUUAUUGAGGUUCAUCGCCUGCACCUGUUGCAGGCUUCAGUGUCUGCGUUGCAAGCAGUAUCGCUAGCUGACAAAGACGGCAGGGCUUCCAGUUUAGGUGAGGCUGCAGAUGGUAGUACGGACUUCGAUGAUGCUAGCCCAACUUGGGCGGCCAAAGCGGAAGCCGUGCGCUUUCGUGCUGCGCUGUUACGCUUUACCUUCACGACAGUCGCCUUUGCUCCCCCAGCACGCGUGGAGGAGGAUGUCCGCGCGUGUUUUGCGCUGCACACGAUUGUGCCAGGUGGCGACAGGGAGCUGAGCUCUGCGCACGCGCUCGCACCACUCGCUGCCCGGGAGGUGAUGAUGUGGUCGACACACAUUAAAGGCGCAAGUGUGGUCCAGUCGAACACAGGCAGAAGGUCGGCUCUCUUUCUGCAGUGGCUGUGUGCCACCGAUAAGUUCGUGUCGUUGUGCAACGCAAACGCACAUGGCCUGAGUGCUGCGGCAGUGGCCGACGCGACGCAGGACACCAUCAGCCUGCUGUGGCUCGCCCGCCGGUGCUUCCAAGAUAGGCGCGCUGCUUCUGCUGUUCUCUCACGCGAGGAGUCCAUCUGGAUGCUCUCGAGAGAUUCAUUGAAGAAACAAGAAACCUGCUUUGUGGCCUGUGACUUCGUCGUGCAGGAGGCAAGGGGCUGGCUAGCUCUGUGUUUCGACUUGUACAGCCUGUACAACGGCGUUCGAAGUGAGGCGAGCGACGCUGCCCUGUCUGUGAUGGGGCUGUGCAUUGAAACGGCCCGAGAUGUCAUGACGUUGUUUGCGUGGUCCGCCACAGAUCUCCUGCGUUUCCGCGAGCGGCCUUUUGUCUUUUCAUCGUUUCUGAAAGCCAUUGUGGACAAGGAGGAUCGCGACAUGACGGUGGUGCUGACCGCCUCCCUCGACGUGCUGGGCCGCUACCUGAUUUCCUCGGACAACGUCACCAGCAAUGACGACAGCAGCGGUGCGCUUGCGUCGCGCCCCAACACCGCUUUCAUCCCCGGCAGCGAGUCUACCCGCGCGCGUCUGAAGCGUGUACUGGAGCGGGAGCGCAUUACGGACUGGAGCAGCGUUGCCGGGGCACUGGCGUACGUGCUGUACGAAUGCAGCGGCAAACCGCUCGCGAGGCAGAUGCAGUACCUCGAAGAGAUCAUGAGCUGUCUGGGCAAGAGCGUCGCGGAUGUGCCUGCGAUGGUGCGUUCCUCGAAGCACGUGAUUGCGUUCCACUUGGUGUCGUUGGAGGCGGACGCGCAGCUGCUGGCACGCGAUCAGCGGCGACGCAGCGGCCGCGAGCGGCGCUCCCCUGCGGCAGCCCCGGAGGUUUUGUCGCUCGCGGGCCACCUCGGGAACGACGCCCAUCGGCUUUUCCAAAUCGGCGACAGCGGCACCGAUGACAACGCACGCUGUGAGGACAGGGUAAACACGGCGCAGCGAUCCGGCGAGGGGCUGUGGGUGCUGCCGGACGACGCCCACACGCAGAGUUACCGCGACAACAUCGCCUUUUCGGUUUUCGAGCGGGCUGUCGAGCAGAUGGUGACACUGUGCGAGAGCACCGACACGGUGACGGGGGUGGAGAGCGCGCUACGCAAGCCGGUUGGUCGUGCCGUGGCGGCAGAGGAGUUGUGGAAGAGCAUGUUCGCGGUGCUGGACUCCAUUUACAAAGCCAUCCGCAUCGAGCCCACCGCGCGCUACAAUGACGGUGGCAGUGUGGAGGAGGACUCGGAGGCUGUGCCGGGGUCGCUGCGCACCCGCCGACGGUGGCUGCUCGGCUUGGCAUCCUUCAUUCGUUUUAUGGGCCCGCAGACAACGCCGAUUGCGCUGAUGCUGCCGACGCUGCUCGAGCGGUGCUCACGGCUUCCCGGCCUCGUGCCCUUUGUCUGUGUGGUGUGGAAAGAGCUCGCCUGUGCGUGCACGGAGGAGUACCUCGCCGAGUCGGCCCCUUCGAUCGCGCUGAGUCUGGUCAGCCUGGAGCGGUACGCUGCGCCGCAAGCGGAGUCGCGGCUGCUGCUGGCGAGUGCGCUGCAGCACCUGUACAAGCGAACUGAAUCUGCCGGCUUCUGGGACUCGUACAAGGUAGUCCUUGGCUCCAGCAGCACGCUUGUCGACUUGUUACUCAAAUCGAGAAAGCUAGAUGAAGAAUCGCGUACUUCUGCCGCAAAAGGCAAGAAUGAAAAUGACGUGCACCGAGAAAGUCAUCUUCUGUCGGGCUUUGUGGAGGUAAUGCGCUCCGGCUCUCUGCAGUCCACCACAGUAUUCGUGCGGGCGUUGUAUGAGUAUCUCAGCAAGGCAGACACUGCAGAGCGGCUGCAGCUGUCGCGGGCGGCCUCCUUGAUACCGGAGGUGGUGCAGACGUUGCUACGGUGCUCGGAGGCGGACUCAGAAAGCGCCGUCUACGCGAUGCGGUGCAUCAGCAUCAUUGGCGCAGUCACCCCUCCCGCGAGCGUCGCAGCGGUGAGGAGCAACGACACGGCACCGCCAGGCGCCGCCAACGAUGUGGCCGAGGCCAACAGGUCGUCGCAAUCGCUGCCAGCAUCCCCCAGCGCAUUUGGCAUGUGGUGUAGUACGGCAGGAACUGGUGGCCCGUCGUCUUAUCUGGACGCGGAGACGGUGCUGAACUGGCGCAAGUUUUGCUUCACACUACUCAGGGACUACUUUCCCCGCGUCUUCGCCAGUACGGCAGAUCCAGUGCUCCACAACUGUAUUGCUUUCGCGGUACAAGAGUUGAUCCGUGCGUCUACUACGCAGGAGAGACUGCAAAACAGAGGCGUGAAGCUGCGCAGCGAGGACGUCGUUCACGUCGAUGAACUUGAGCGCUACCUCUGGUGGGCCCGACUGAUGCCGCACGUAAAGCAACUGCUUGGUGGCUUCACGACGACGCGCUACUCGCUCACGGUGAACUGGCAGACACGCUUGCGCGCACCGGAGUACACGCCGAAUUUGAGCUACCGUCGCUGGCUCUUUAACGUUUUCAAUCACCUCGUCGCGUCGUGCGAGGGCUGGUUCGCGGAGAUGGUUCAGCCGCUGCGCAACGUAGCCAAGCGGAACUCGUCGCUUAUCUUGUACCUCCUGCCGUACCUCGUCGUACACCUCCUCGAAUCCGGCAAGGUGGAGGACGAGCAGUACCUGGAGGGUGAGAUGAAGACGGUGCUCGAAGCGAUUGUAGGUGGGCCGAGCCGUUCGGCGUUGUCGCUGCGCUCGCAGAGCCUCUACGAGGCGCACCCCGACACCAUGCCGUUGCACGAACCGCGCGAACACGCGCACACCAUACUGGACAUUUUGGAAGAUGUGGAGCAGCUGCGUUGGUCGAUGCUGCGCAACCGCGGUCGCAUUCCGUGUGUUUUUGAUCAGCAGGAGCAAGCCGAGAGUGCGUGCAUUCAGUUGUCGGAGCGGUAUGCGGUGUUUCUCCGUCGCAUUCCGUGGACACUGCGGUGUCGGGCGGCACUGAAGAUCGGCAGCUAUGUGCGUGCACUGCGCAGCGUAGAAGGGCAGCGUCGCAUUCCCGACUUGUCCACUGUGACUCAAACGGUGCCGCUCCAACGCAUCUUUGCCGCGCUUGGCGACCGCGAGUCGUCUCGCGCCAUCCACCGCGCCUCUCCCGGGCUGUCGUUAGAGGACACCGCGUUUUCGUACGAGAACAAUGGCGACUGGCUUGCUGCGAUGCGCAGCUCCGAGCUUGUCCUGCAGCACCACCCUACCAGCGGCCAACAUCAGCUCACCGCGUUGCACUGCAUGAACGAGUUGGGCGAGCUGUAUAUGACCUCGCGCUACGCGGCGUCGUUGUUGGCGUCCCCGCUUUGUGGCACACUACUCGCCACGCAGCCGGUGUAUGGCGGCCCUGCUGGGUUGAGAGGCAGCACCACGUUCUCGCAGCUGGACGCGGGUGUCGAUGGGGCUGCGCAGAUGGACGCCGCAGAGCUUCGGGGCCACGUGCUGGCCUACGCAAACGAGGCCGCGUGGAGGCUGGGACAGUGGGAUAGCCUGCUGCCGGAUGAGCUGACUGCGUCGAACCUUUUGAGGAGUGGCGCAUCGGUGAGUCUCGCCAUGGCGGCUGCCCAGCUCCAGCGCGAGCUCACGGGCCGCUGUGCGUUGCCGCGUGCGCGCGCCGUGACAGAUGUGGAGCGGCUGAAGAUUGUGCCGAUGGUGCGCACGCCGCGCCAGGAGGACGUCGCCACGCACGAUUACACCUUCACACUGCUGCUGCACGCCCUGGGCGACGUGGACGCGGUGUCGGACCUGCUGUGCACGAGCAUCUCCGUUCUAGACGAAGACGGCGACGGAAAGGGCCCCCACAGCAAUCGUGGACCGUGCGGCGCUGGCGGCCGGUCGACACCAAGUCGCAUCUCUGCUGCUCUCUUGCCCAGCGCGGUGAAGGAAGAGAUCAUUUCCCUCCUCUCACUGCGGGAGUCGUACGUGGAGGACACGAUCAGCGCCCGCGAGCCGCUGCUGUCACUGCAUCGCAUGGUCUACCGCGAGCUCGGUGCACCGCAGAAGGUGGCGGAGACGUGGCUGAAGCAGUCGGAGCUGCUCCGCAACGCGGGUCUUGGCGAGGCGGCCCUCACGGCGGCUCGUCAGGCAGCCUACGAGUGCCCGGAGCACAUCGUGCACACCAACUACUACACACUGGUCGCCCACCUUCUGCACGACACGCAGUCGGCCACACCCGCGAUGGAAUUUGCACGGGAGUGCGUCGCAGACCCGCGUAUCCCGGCUGCCACGCGCGCCCAGGUGCAGAUGCUGUUAACGAACUGGCUCGUGGAAACUGGUUCCGAACGGCCGGAGCGCGUCUUUGCGGAGUACGACAAGGCGCGCGAACUGGACAGACGCUCCGAGUUGGUCCACUACCACAUGGCGGUCUUCUACGAUCACCUGCACACGCUCGCGAUGAACGCCAGUGAAAGCGCGGCGGCGCAGCUGACCACGAACUCCUCGACCGCCGCGGCUGUCAGUGGUGGAGCAGGAGCGGGCGUUGGACCUGCCACGGCAAGUGCAGGGACCACUGCCAGCGCGUCCGCCGCAGCCCUGUACAGCGCGGUCCUCAUGCAGCAGAAAGAAACGGUGGAGUCCAUUCGGAAGUACGCCGUGCACGCCAUCGCGCACUUUGGCGAGGCUCUGCUACGUGGAACGGAAAAGGCGUCCGUGUCUCUGCCGCGCCUGCUGACCUUGUGGCUCGACACUGCGGCUUUCCUGGGGACUUUGAUGAGCACCACCGCGGGCAAGCUCGAUGGGAGCGCCGCGAGUCUUCUUGAGGAGAUGAACACCAAAGUGCGCACUUUCAUCUUGAGCACCGUCGGCGCCACCAUACCGCCUGGUGUGGUGAUGAUGGCGCUGCCGCAACUUCUGUCGCGCCUGGCGCACCGUGUCCCCUCCGUUCGCACAGUGUUGACGGACGUGCUGGUGCACCUCCUGAAUUGCUUCCCCCAGCAGUGUCUGUGGCUCGUGCUGCCUAUGGCGCUUAGCAAAGAAGGUCCGAAGGAAAUUGUGGAGACACAACUCAUCCGACCCUUUGCCGACAACCCGCGCAAUGAGCGCGUGCUACGGUACGCAAAGAUCAUCUGUGACACCCUGCUCACCAUCUGCAACUGCUCCGCCAGUCUCUUUCCGAAGGAACGCGGCCUCACAUUACUUAGCCCGGUGCAAAAGAUCAACCCAAUGCUGCCCGACGCAAGCUUUAUUCUACCCGUGUUGUCGACCCUCACGCCGAACAUCACCGCCGACGAACCGGGCGGCGUCUUCCCCACCUCGCCGUGCUUCCACCACUUCGAAGAUCGCGUCUUGGUGAUGCGCUCUCUGCAGAAGCCGAAGCGCAUAUGGGUGGCGACAAACGAAGGGCGGGAGAUGUCGUUUCUUUGCAAGGCGAAAGACGAGCCGCGCAAGGAUAUUCGAAUGAUGGAGGUGGCCACGCUGAUGAACUCCUUCUUCCUCUCCGACCCCGAGGCGAAGCGGAAGCGCUUCUCGCUGCGGCGCUACUCCGUCACCGCCCUCAGCGACGAUUGUGCUGUGAUCGAGUGGAUGAAGGACACCACCACGUUGGCGAAGGUGGCGAUGGAGUGCUACUCGCUGGACCGCAGCGGGGUGCACAUCUCAUCCGUCAAAAAGUGGCUGGCACUGGUGGACGAAAAGAAGCUGAGCAAGAUGGAUCUGUUCACCAAGUACAUUCUGCCGGAGGCGCCGGCGGUGAUGCACCAAUGGCUGGACCGCACCUUUGCGAGCAACCAAAGCUGGUACGAAGCGCGUAACCUCUUCACCCAGUCCACGGCGCUGUGGAGCAUCGCCGGCCACAUCGUCGGCCUCGGCGACCGACACGCAGAGAACUUGAUGAUCGACAUGGAGAGAGGGGAGCUGAUGCACGUGGACUUCGCCUGCAUGUUCGACAAGGGGGAGAAGCUGGAGGUUCCGGAGCAGGUGCGCUUCCGAUUGACACAGAACUUAACGGAUGUGAUGGGCGUUCUCGGCGCCUACGGCCCCUUUCAGGCAGCGUGCGAAGUCGCCCUUCGAUGCGAGAUGAAGAACAAAAGUGCCGUCAUGUCAAUUGUGGAGACGCUGCUGCACGAGCCGCUGGUGGAGUGGCGACGACAGAGCAGCCGGUCUAACUCGUUUGAUGGACCGAAACAGCUGAUGGAGCGGGUGGCGCGACGGCUGGACGGCUUCCUUGACCUCUACUCCGUCCCCCCGCAGCGGGACACGCUUUCCUUGAACGUCGAAAGCCAGGUAGCGAAGCUGAUCCACCACUCGUCGGACUUGAACAACCUUUCCCAGAUGUACAUUUGGUGGAUGGCGUGGAUCUAG